AUGCCGGCUCUCUGUGGAGGUUCAAAGACCGUACAGCGCAAGCUGGUCUUGCUUGGUGAUGGUGCCUGUGGCAAGACUUCUUUGUUGAACGUCUUCACCAGGGGAUAUUUCCCGACAGUGUAUGAGCCAACUGUGUUCGAGAACUACGUCCACGACAUUUUCAUUGACAACGUACACAUUGAGCUGUCGCUGUGGGAUACGGCCGGCCAAGAAGAAUUCGAUCGUCUCCGCAGUCUGUCCUAUGACAACACCGAUGUUGUCGUGCUCUGCUUCAGUGUCGACAGCAAGGACUCCCUGGAAAACGUCGAGAGCAAGUGGGUAGGCGAGAUCCAAGAGAACUGCCCCGGCGUCAAGCUCGUGCUGGUGGCCCUCAAGUGCGACCUGAGGGAAAAUGGCGACGAAGAGGAGGAGGGAGCUGCGCCACCUACGGAACAGCGCGAGAAGAAGCCAAUGAUCGACUACAACCAGGGUCUCGAUGUUGCCCGGCGCAUCAAGGCGAUGAGAUAUCUCGAAUGCUCUGCCAUGCGGAAUCGUGGCGUCAAUGAAGCUUUCACCGAGGCUGCCCGCGUGGCGCUCAGUGUGAAGCCUGCUGGAGAGAAGGACUCCAAGUGUGUGGUCAUGUAA